UGAACACUUGCCGUGUAGAAUUACCAUAGUCCAAGAUGGCGACAGGCAAGUACACUUCCACGUUACCCGUUAAUCUAUUGAUGGUGCGUUUUUGACAUGGAAACCCACCUCGAAAUUAUAUGCACAAUUAUGGUAAAGUAAUAGACACCGGAACCACUCUUAUGAACGACCUACUUAAAACAUAUCAAUGAAUAUCUAUUAAGGAAUCGGUGAUGGUGGUCAAUACACAAUAUCAUACGUUCGAUUAGUUUAGGAAGAUUACCUGUAUUGAAAAUGGAAAAUUCUAUCGAAGAAAAUAACUUUCUUAUUCUGAUACAAGCUCUAAAGUUUGUUACUGAAGGACUUAAAGAAUACACAACCCAGGGAUUGGAUGACCUGUACAACAGACUGAGGAGAAGGGUUUCAGCUAGUGGCCCGUGUACACAGCAGUGCAACAUGAACCACAGGGACGCCACACGGUGGUGCCAGACCUGCCAAAACUGGAAAAAAGAACUGGGGAAAUACAUGAGAUCUAUUAGAUUUAAGUACAACACAAAAUGGCACAACGUUGAAAUAUCUUACUUUUCAGGGGUUGAUACAACAAAAGCCAAGGAUGAACUAUUCCGUGUGUUUAUACAAGGGCAGGGAUCUUUGCAAGUAACUUUUGACAUUCAGACAAUGUUAUCGUUAUUUCAAAACUGCAAAUAUUUUGAUAUCGGAGACGAUAUAUUACUCUUGACUUCCAUUAGAAGAGUACGGAAUUAUGAUUUUGCCCAUACAGAAGAUUUCAAAUUAACCAACAAGCAGUUAAAGAAAGACAUUAAUUCAUUAUCUAAAUUAUUUCGCCAUCCUUCAAUACGUAGAUGCCCAUGUGCGUCGGACAUAUUUUCAAAGCUACGAAGACUUCAAAGAAAUGAUAGAAAAUUAAUCGAAAGUGAAACAUGUCUUUUUUUCAAUUACAUCAAAGAAAACUUCAUUACAAACGAAUCCUUGAAGACGCUAACAUACUCAUCCCAUGAACAGAAAACAAGAAAACAACGUACAACUUCCAUUCUCAAAAGGUCGAGUAUGGUGGGAUUUUCGUUGUUGUUUAUCUUCUACACAUGUGUAAUAUGGAUUAUCUACAGCCACCCAGAGAUGAGAACUACAGAGAAAGAGGCAUGCAAAGUAAUGGAACAUAAAGAACCAUUCCAGCUAAACUUUGACUUCGAGUUUUACCGAUCUCAACACGGACCACUUAUUGGACGUCAUUGGCUGUUGAAUGACCUUGACUACCUAAUGUACUCAACAACCAGAGGUGUUCUGUUGGUCGCCGAAACAGGGUAUGGAAAAUCUGCGAUAGUGUCUCACCUUAUUUGUCAGAAUGAUAGACGUCUGCCUGGAAACUGGAUAUAUGAGCGAAUUGUAUCUUAUCAUCUGUGUAGACAUGAUUCUAGACGAAGUCUUUCUCCAGGAUUGUUUGUAAAAAAUUUGGCGGGAAGUUUCGCAAAUCAAAUUGGAAAUUUCCAUGAUAUUUUGAGGGCAAAUCCGUUUUAUGAAGCUUAUUUUAUACAAGGUGAAUGUCUAAAAGAUCCGGAGGGGUGUUUUGAUUUUUUAAUCAUAGAAUCGCUUACAUAUCUCCAACGAAAGCAGCCUAUUUAUAUCAUCAUAAUCGAUGCUUUAGAUGAAUGCACAGCUAAUUCGGGCCUAGAUAUACUUACCCUUCUGGAAAGGCGAAUGAAAAGAUUACCACCUUUCAUUAAAUUUUUAAUUACCACGAGAAAUACAUCAUCCAUAACUUUGAAAAUGCGAUCUUUACUACAUGUUUACGAGUUAGAUAGCCAAAGCCCUAAUAAUACAAAAGAUAUCGAUAUGGUCAUGCGGCACAAAGUUGAUAAAAUUUCAAGAUAUAAGUUUGACAAUCUGAGGACAAAAUUCAAAACUUCUGACAUCACAUUGAUGGUUUCCUCAGCCUCUAAAUAUGCAAGACAUAAUAUGCUUUAUCUACAUUACGCAUUUGAAGUUUGGAUUCAAAAUGAGUAUGUACCUUUAUCUGAAACACCAUCUACGUUUGAAGAAUUUUUCCAGUACAACUUAGAGAGGGUAUUUGGAGAGAAUGACGAAUUUCAUCAGAUCAGAGGUAUAUUUGAAGUGCUGUGUGCUGCUGAAGAACCCAUUUCUGACAGGGAAAUCCUUCGUAUAGCAGAUAUUCCAAAGGAAAAUCAUAUUCAAAUUUGGAAGUUAUUUGGAAAUGAAAUGAGUCACUUCAUAAAACAUAGUGAUGGGAAAAUUUCUAUAGCUCAUAUAAAGCUGUCACAAUAUUUGACCAACAAACGACAAAAAUAUGGAAAAUUCUACGUUUCGGAGGAGGAGGGAAAUCUCAAAUUCGCUGCUUUUUGGUUACGUAAAGUCGAACAACAGAUGUCAUUCCACAACAUAGAUAUUGUCCAACUUGCCUUAUAUGUUUCAAGGUCAAAGAACAAAUCACAGGAAAAGAUUUUUUUAUAUUACGGCAAAAGGUUUAGAAAAGAAUUUAACAACGAUUUUUUUUUGCAUCGUGCAGCCUUGUCAAUUAAUUCCUAUCGGACCAUGGUCUUGCUGAUAGAAAUUUCUGGUCGAGACAUUGAGAAAAGAGAUAAUACUGGAAACUUCUCUUCAGCGUACUUAGGGUCAGCUUUUGGAAACCACAGAACGUUAGAUGCACUGCUCCAGCACGGCGCUAAUAUUCAUUUUGUUAGAAAAGGUCCUGAAAUUGUGAAAAGAUCCAUAGGAGUGGAAGAUUUCUGCAAGAAAUUCGCUCAUUGGGAAUAUAGUCUUCUCAACGUUGCUUCACAAAAUGGUCAUUUGGACGUAGUUUCAACAUUAUUGAAGCAUGGAGUUAAUGUAUCAUAUACAAACUCUUUGGGAUUAAAUUCUUUUCAUCUGGCAGCAGAAUAUGGUCACAUAGAAUUAGUAAGAUUAUACCUCCGAUACUUUAAAGAUACUUUUUAUUCUAGCCUUGAUCAUUCCCUUUACCUUUCUGCAAAAAAGGGUCAUUACAGCGUGGUGGAAUUACUACUCCAUCAUGGUGCUGUCGAUAGAUGUCUUCCUUGCAAUUUGUCUCAAUAUUGGACUGAAUUUCACGAAACUAGACUUCAAAUCAUAGAUGACAUGGACGAUUUGAAAACUGUAAACUAUGUGUUCAAAGAUGACAGGCGCUUUAUAAAAUGUGAAACUGCUCUGGAAGUAUCAUUGCAAAAUGGCUAUGACGAGAUUGUGAAACUUUUGAUCGACAAAUAUCCCAGUGGACUGAAGUGUAGAGAAUCUGGAGGACGAACGCCUCUUUUAACAGCCAUACGAUUUCAGCGAUAUAAGGCUUUAAAACAAAUUUUGCUUCAUGAAAAUGCUCGAAAUAUUACUUGCUUGUUUAACCGAAAUCGUUGGAAAAAACUUGAUCUGAAUGACAAGGAGCGUAAUGAAUAUUUAGAAAAUCAAUGUCCUUUCAAUUCUAGCAUUUCCCAUUUUUGUGCUAUGUACGGGAAUUUCGAAACAAUAAAACUUUUGCAAACGUAUGGUCUUAUCAAUUGGUCUGAAAGGAACCCAGACGGUGAUACGCCUUUGCAUAUAGCUUCAUGCAGAGGUCACAUCAAGACAAUAAAGUUGUAUGAGCAAAAUCAUGAAGGUGAAUUGUUGAAUGUCAGAGCCAGGAACGGAUCAACACUUAUGCAUUCAGCAGCUACAUGUCACAGAUAUAGACUCUUAUCCUAUUUGUUGGAAAAACAACACGAUCAUGUUUUUGACGACAUGAAAAUGGGAAUAUCUCAUUAUUUAGCAAAGACUUGGUCACAUGCACUAAAAGAAAGGAACGAGUUAUUAAACAUUGAAGAUAAUGUGAAAGAGAGAAUUAUCAGGGAAAUUUUUCUUGUGGAUGAUUACAACAGAACACCGUUACAUUAUGCUGCAGUUCAUGGAAAUGUGGAUUAUCUCUCUUUUUUAAUUUCCUUGGGUUUAGAACACACUGCAUGGACGAGCAUCUUAAAUAUGGCCGAUUAUACAAGCAGAAUCAUCAUUGAGCUAGCUUUUGCAAAUGUCCCAUUGUAUGGUGGACGCAAAACUAUGGAAUAUGAAUCAGAAAGCAUAAAGCCUCAUGAGAAAUUCAUUGACCUUCUGCUGGGAAAUGUUACAUCUUCAAUAUAUUACUUGCUGGGAGUAUAUGAUCGUCAUAGUGAUACUGAUGGAUGA